CCGGUGCCGGGGCGAUGGCGGGGCCGGGGCCGGGGCUGGCGGCGGCCGCGGGGCUGUGGGCGCUGGGAGCGGCGGCCGCCGAGGUGCCGGCGCGCCCCGGGGCGCUGGAGGAGGAGAUCGUGUCGGAGAAGGCGGCGGAGGAGAGCCACCGGCAGGACAGCGCCAACCUGCUCGUCUUCAUCCUGCUGCUCACCCUCACCAUCCUCACCAUAUGGCUCUUCAAGCACCGCCGCGCCCGCUUCCUGCACGAGACCGGGCUGGCCAUGAUCUACGGUGUCCUGGUCGGAGUGGUCCUGCGCUAUGGUAUCCACGUCCCCAGCGACGUCAACAACGUGACACUGAGCUGCCAAGUGCAGACCAGCCCUGCCACCCUGCUGGUCAAUGUCAGUGGGAAGUACUACGAGUACACCUUGAAGGGGGAAAUCAGUGCCCAGGAGCUCAACAACGUCCAGGAUAAUGAGAUGCUAAGAAAGGUGACUUUUGAUCCUGAAGUAUUUUUCAACAUUUUGCUUCCUCCAAUUAUAUUUUAUGCAGGCUACAGCUUGAAAAGGAGGCACUUCUUCAGAAACUUGGGAUCCAUCCUGGCAUACGCUUUUCUCGGCACUGCCAUUUCAUGCCUGGUGAUCGGUUCUGUUGUGUAUGGCUGUGUGGCGCUGAUGAAAGUCACUGGGCAGCUCGGGGGAGACUUCUACUUCACUGACUGCCUCCUGUUCGGUGCCAUUGUGUCAGCUACUGACCCAGUGACUGUCCUUGCCAUAUUCCAUGAGCUCCAGGUUGAUGUUGAGCUGUAUGCCCUUCUCUUUGGCGAAAGCGUCCUCAAUGAUGCCGUUGCCAUAGUGCUGUCUUCUUCAAUAGUUGCGUAUCAGCCAGCGGGCGACAACAGCCACACGUUUGAUGUCACAGCGAUGUUCAAGUCCAUCGGGAUCUUCCUGGGGAUAUUCAGUGGAUCUUUUGCAAUGGGAGCAGCUACUGGAGUUGUGACAGCUUUAGUCACCAAGUUCACGAAACUUCGGGAGUUCCCGUUGCUGGAGACUGGCUUGUUCUUUUUGAUGUCCUGGAGCACAUUCCUGCUGGCUGAAGCCUGCGGCUUUACAGGUGUGGUGGCUGUGCUCUUCUGUGGGAUCACACAGGCCCAUUAUACCUAUAACAACUUAUCUACAGAGUCCCAGCACAGAACUAAGCAGUUGUUUGAGCUUCUGAAUUUCUUGGCAGAAAACUUCAUCUUCUCCUACAUGGGACUUGCACUGUUCACCUUCCAGAACCAUGUCUUUAACCCUACCUUUGUGGUGGGGGCUUUCCUUGCUAUCUUCCUAGGAAGAGCUGCCAAUAUUUACCCACUGUCAUUUUUACUGAAUUUGGGGAGAAGAAAUAAGAUCGGAACAAACUUGCAGCACAUGAUGAUGUUUGCUGGGCUGCGAGGAGCCAUGGCCUUCGCCCUGGCCAUCCGCGACACGGCCACGUACGCCCGGCAGAUGAUGUUCAGCACAACCCUCCUCAUCGUCUUCUUCACGGUGUGGGUGUUCGGCGGGGGCACCACGGCCAUGCUGUCCUGCCUGAACAUCCGGGUCGGCGUGGAUGCGGAUCAGGAGAAUGUGGGUGUCCCAGAAAGCGAGAGGAGGAGUACGAAGGCCGAGAGCGCUUGGCUCUUCCGCAUGUGGUACAACUUCGAUCACAACUAUCUAAAGCCUCUCCUGACACACAGUGGUCCCCCACUGACCACCACGCUCCCGGGGUGCUGUGGGCCCGUUGCCCGGUGCCUGACGAGUCCGCAGGCGUACGAGAAUCAGGAGCAGCUGAAGGACGAUGACUCUGACCUCAUUUUGAACGACGGGGACAUCAGUCUGACCUACGGGGACUCCACUGUCAACACCGACUCCGUCGUGUCCAGCGGAACGUCGCGGCGGUUCGUGGGGAACAGCUCGGAAGACGCGCUGGAUCGGGAGCUUGCUUUUGGGGACCAUGAACUCGUAAUCCGGGGAACGCGCCUGGUCCUGCCCAUGGACGAUUCAGAGCCCCCAUCAAACGUCCUGGAUAACGCAAGACACGGUCCAGCAUAAGGUUGCUCGGUUUAAUUGACAGUAAUAUUUGCAUAUAUGAUCAAGAAGUAUGUACUACCUAAAGUCUAAUGCAUGUCUCAAAAUGUCUAAGCUGUAUAAAUAUUAUUUAUAUGGUGUCAGAAGAAUAUAAAUAUUCUCUGCCAAGCACUUGUAAAGAACAAGCUGCAAAUUUAAGUUAAAAACUGUGUUGACUGCACUACGUAGGGUGGAACUGUUUUAGCGUAAGAGUCUUUUGCACACAGUGAGCUUCGUUAAUGUGUGAUUUGAUGAAGGGUUUAGUUCCCAGCGGGUAGGUAAAGGAGCUGACUCCCUGUUCAUCCUUUGAACUUGGGAGAGGAGGGUAGGGAGGUGCUGGCGAGCAGUGGAAAUCGCUUUCUAGGCAGAUGAGGAUUGUUGGUUUUUUUUUUUGGUCUCUGAUUUUUGGAUAGUCACAUUUGAAAUAUCAGUAAAAAAUCUGCCCACAGACCCUCUUGCCAGGCAGUGGAUGGUGAUAAACUUGUUCACUUUGUGGGAACCUGGAGACUUUCUGCUUUUUAGUGACCCUCUGCCCAAGCCCUGCUUUAGUGAGCUCAUGGCAGACCCUGGCCAAAGCUGACAGCAAGGCCUGUGGGUGUCUGGCUGCUCAGAUGGGAGCAGGAGAGAGGGAUGGUUGAAGGAGGUGAUCCCACAGAACCAGGCGUGCACAGAUUUUAGGGCUGAGUCCAUCCUUCAGUUGUGGCUCAAGCAGCUUUCUAGAACCAGCCAUCAAAUCCUCAAUUGGCAAUUAAAUUUCGUGUUUGGGAAGCGACCGUGUCCUUGUGUGAGCGAAUCCCUUCUCCUGCAGCCACAGGUGUAGCCAAGGUGUGCAGAGCUACUGCAGCUGCACAUGGGGCCAUGGAGCCCAGGCAGCCUCAAAUAUGAGCUUUAUGGCUGCAGAUGGACACGGUGCCUCCGGGGCUCUCCAGAGGCACUGGGCAUCCGGGUGGUACUGAAGGGGAGCCGUCCAUCCGUCCGUCCUCCCACAGAGUUGAAAACCAUUGCACUUCGUUUGGUAACUCCUCAGCAUGCUGUGUGUCUGCAGAACCCACCCCACCUUUCUCAUGUCUCUUUUACCAUUUAAUGAGAAAUGUUUGCGAGUUGAUUUUUUUUUUAUUUUAAUUUAAACUUCUGUUUUCCAGGAAAGAGCACAGAACAAUUUGCGAUUUCACGCUAGUGUUAAAGGAUUUAUUCUGUAGUUAUAGGAAUGGCUAAAGGUGCAGUGAAACUGUUAACCCUGACAUCCUUUUUCUCCUGAAAAGGGGGGAUCACAGAAAUUUACUGUAUGUAAUUUUAUUGUCUAUUUUAUCUACGGUUUUGCUAUACAAACCUUUCAGGGUUACUAGUGCACUACAGGCCUGUUCUGGAGUUAACCCUCUCCAGAGGGCUUAAACAGAGGUGUUUAAAAUAAAAAUAUAUGAAAAAGAGCCAGGUGAGUUCAGGCACUCACAGCUCACAUUAGCUGUCCUUGGAACAAACUCUGCAUCGCUCAGGAUCUGACCCUGAGACCUCAGAGCAGUGUCCCCAUGCCUGUUUUCCCCAGCACCACCUGAGAGUUGGAGGAGACAGGAAAUCCUGAAAUUUCAAGUAUAUAUGUAUAGUUGAGAAAAUAAAUUUACUUGGUUUUUUUUUGUUUUUCAUUUUCUCAGGUCUAAGUAACAUUGCCUUAAAAUUAUGGAUGUGAAACCAAUUGUUUUGGCAGUUUAUCCCCAAGAAAAUGCUUUCUUUUUCCUUCAGAACAAAAUGUAUAAGUGUUGCCAUAGGAAUCCCCUGGAAGGGGGGUAAUGCUCUGUUUAUAUUUGGAUAGGGCAUCUUCCUUGCACCUGUAAAUGGCAUCCCGCUGUUAACAUUGCUGUUGGAUUAGCGCUGGCCUUUGUUUCCUACUAUGCAGGAAUUCCAUAAAGUGAGUGUGCAUUUUAUAUGAUGUCUGUGACUUAACUUCAUGUGUUUAAAAAAAAUCAAAAAAAAAAAAAGAAGAAAAAAAAAAAGUAGGAACCUGUUGAUUUUAGGUUUACUGCAUCACUUCUACAUCCUGUUUUUUGUUUGUUCUGCCUUUUCGAAGAGGUAUGAUAAAUAACUACCUCUUGUUUUUUCCUGUAUUGCCUGACUAUGAAUUCAAUUUACAGAGUUGGUGCAGCUGGAGGUGCAGAGCAGUUCUGCUCCCCCUGACAGCCCGUGGUCCCAUCAGCAGGGCCCCAGCAAUGGCAGCACUGGGCUCCCUCCCAGGCAGGCAUCCCCAGCUGAGGUGCAAAUUCCCACCUGAGGUGCCCCAGGGUGAGGUUUUACCGUUGCUGUGGUAGCAUUCCUCUCUUUCUCUGACCUUUCAACUUCAAUAAUUUACCCACUCACUGUAAGCUUGCCAACACAUUACCAUAAGCCUCAACUUUUGACUGCAGUAGCAGCUCAGUUAGUACAUUAAAGAAAAAAGAAAGUUACAAAUUAUAAUUUUAUGAGUUACCUGUGAACUCUUAUGAUCCAUACAUAAUACAACCAGGACUGUUUUGAAAAGCCUUGGUGAAUGAAUGAAUCUAAGCUCCAGUUCAGGAGACAUUUAUUAAAUGACUCGGGUUUGUCCUCAGCUGAUUAUUUUCUUUGCUCUGCUGCAGCAGAGCAACCACAAAUGCGUGGCUUGCAGAUGUAGAGCCCUGAUGUUUGUGUGCUGCAGAUGGAGUUAAAGGUACCUUGGAGAAUUGGGGCCUGAGACCUAUUGCCAAAUAGAUAAGACAGCCCCGAGGAGGCAGUUUACAGCACCCACAGAGAUUUAGAGAUGGUGCCCUUCUUCUGUAAAUUGAAUUUUCAUGGUUUUUGCACAUGAAAAAGCAUUGUAGGUAAAGUUAUAAUUUGUACUGGUACUGUCGAUUUGUGUGGUAAUGGCAUUAACCCCGUAGCUGUGGUGUUUGUGCAGCUGAUCUGUGAUAGCUGAUGAUCACUAUUGGACCUUCUGUUUACACUGACUAAAUCCUUUACUGUUGCGUUGUACUGUGAAAGAAGGAUUAUGGGCCUAUAAAAGAUUAUUUUUUUUUGUUUUUUUUGGAAUUGUGUGUACCGUUUCAUUAAUUCACACGGAAAUAAAUCUGUAGCAAAGUGACGACGUGC